GCACGAGGAGAGAGCAAGGGCAGACAUUGCACUUGGUGCGUGGGCUAAGGACUCCGGCCACGCCCCUCCCUCCUCUUCCUCCGGACUCCUUCCACUUUUCCAGGACCCCUCCUCUCUCCUUUCUCCUCCCCGGGCUCCGGCCACUCCCGGUGAGGCGGCCGCUGAUUGGGCCCCACGCGCGGAAGGGCUUCCAGGGGCUGGGCAGGGAACCCCCUCCCCCGCACCCUCCCCGCGCGCCCAUGGGCCGGGCGGGCGCGAGUCCCCUGAUUGGCCCUGGCGGGAUGAGAUCAUGGCUAGCAGGUUCGGGAGGCCCAGACCGCGGCGGCGGCGGCGGCAGCAGCAGUAGCGGUAGCUGGGAGAGGGCGCUCCAAGCAGCGGCGCAUUGAAUGGGGAAGGGAGGACAGCAGACCUGUACUGUGCUGCUCUAGGGCUGCCCGUGGCUUUGCAGUGUACACCGCUCGCCAUGAGGAGUGCCCCACCGCUCGGUUGCUCUUCCUGCUCCCCGCUGCUCUUGCUUCGGGUCUUCUGAACCUGCGGCGGAUGCAGAUCGCGCGGCAUCCCAUAGCCUGCUCUUCGCUUCCCGCCGGCUACUGGGGUCCUGCCCACCCCCUGUGAAAAGCCGGAGCCCCACCUGUGGAAGAGGUGGCGCAGGGCGCACCCCCGCGAGAACCCAAUUGAGCUGGGCUUGCAAACGAAAGUAGAACAUUUUGCAUUUUUUUUUUCGUAAGGUAGAGGCAUUGGAAACGAGUGCAGGGGCACUGGGAAGGAGAGGGAGGGAAAUCUCUGGGCUAGUUUGUCCUUAGGGAGAGGUUUCCUCCCCCAAGCUUGGGGGAGAUUAUGGGACUCCCAGCUCUGGAGUUCAGUGACUGCUGCUUGGACAGCCCGCAAUUCCGAGACACGCUCAAGUCUCAUGAAGCCGAGCUGGAUAAGACCAACAAGUUCAUUAAAGAGCUCAUCAAGGAUGGGAAAACCCUCAUCUCGGCGCUUAAGAAUUUGUCUUCUGCCAAGCGGAAAUUUGCUGAUUCCUUAAAUGAAUUUAAAUUCCAAUGCAUAGGAGAUGCAGAGACAGAUGAUGAAAUGUGCAUAGCAAGGUCUUUGCAAGAGUUUGCCACUGUUCUCAGGAAUCUUGAAGAUGAGCGGAUACGGAUGAUUGAAAAUGCCAGUGAAGUGCUCAUCACUCCUCUUGAAAAGUUCCGCAAGGAGCAGAUUGGGGCUGCCAAGGAUGCCAAGAAGAAGUAUGAUAAGGAGACAGAGAAGUACUGUGGUGUCUUGGAGAAACACUUGAACUUGUCUUCCAAGAAGAAGGAAGCUCAUCUUCAUGAAGCAGACAGUCAGGUGGAUCUGGUCCGGCAGCAUUUUUAUGAAGUCUCUCUGGAGUAUGUCUUCAAGGUGCAAGAAGUCCAAGAAAGGAAGAUGUUUGAGUUUGUGGAGCCUCUGCUGGCAUUCCUGCAGGGACUCUUCACCUUCUAUCACCAUGGCUAUGAACUUGCCAAGGAUUUCAGUGACUUCAAGACAGAGCUGACCAUCAGCAUACAGAAUACGAGAAAUCGCUUUGAAGGUACCAGGUCAGAAGUGGAGUCACUGAUGAAAAAAAUGAAGGAGAAUCCUUACGAGCACAAGACCAUUAGUCCAUACACCAUGGAGGGUUAUCUCUACGUCCAGGAGAAACGUCACUUUGGCACUUCUUGGGUGAAGCACUAUUGUACAUACCAACGGGAAUCCAAGAGGAUCACCAUGGUGCCCUUUGACCAGAAAUCAGGAGGAAAGGGGGGAGAAGAUGAGUCAGUCAUUCUCAAAUCAUGCACACGACGGAAAACGGACUCUAUCGAGAAGAGGUUUUGCUUUGAUGUGGAAGCCAUAGAUAAGCCUGGUAUUAUCACCAUGCAGGCAUUGUCUGAAGAGGACCGGAGACUGUGGAUGGAAGCCAUGGAUGGCCAGGAACCAGUCUACAACUCAAACAAAGACAUUCAGAGUGAAGGAACUGCACAAUUGGACACCAUUGGCUUCAGCAUAAUCAGGAAGUGCAUACAUGCUGUGGAGACCAGAGGGAUCAAUGAGCAAGGACUCUACAGAAUUGUUGGCGUCAACUCCAGAGUCCAGAAGUUGCUGAGUGUUUUGAUGGAUCCCAAAACAGCUUCUGAAACAGAAGUGGAUAUCUGUGCAGAGUGGGAAAUAAAGACUAUUACUAGUGCACUGAAGACUUAUUUAAGAAUGCUCCCUGGGCCACUUAUGAUGUACCAGUUCCAAAGGAGUUUCAUCAAAGCAGCAAAGCUGGAGAACCAGGAGUCUCGAGUCUCAGAAAUCCAUGCCCUUGUUCAUCGGCUCCCUGAAAAAAACCGACAGAUGUUACAGUUACUCAUGAACCAUUUGGCAAAUGUUGCUAAUAACCACAAGCAAAAUCUGAUGACUGUGGCUAACCUGGGUGUGGUGUUUGGACCCACGUUGCUAAGACCACAAGAAGAAACCGUGGCAGCCAUCAUGGAUAUCAAGUUCCAGAAUAUUGUGAUUGAGAUAUUGAUAGAAAACCAUGAAAAGAUAUUUAACACGGUACCUGAUGCACUCCUUACAAACACCCAACAGGGCUCAUCUUGGAAGAAAAGCAACGACUCGAAACCCCCCUCUUGCAGUGAAAGACCCCUGACACUAUUUCACACAGUCCAGGCAACAGAAAAACAAGAACAAAGAAACAGCCUCAUCAACUCCAGUCUGGAAUCUGUUGUCUCUUCAAAUGCCAACAGCAUCCUUAAUUCCAACAGCCCUCUGCAGCCCAGUGUGAAUUCAAGUGACCCUGAGCUGGAAGUGAUGAAACCCACUAGGCCCAGUUCACUCUCACCCUACCGGAAAGCAAAAGCCUUGUAUGCCUGCAAGGCUGAACAUGACUCAGAACUCUCGUUCACAGCAGGCACUGUCUUCGAUAAUGUUCAUCCAUCUCAGGAGCCUGGCUGGUUAGAGGGAACUCUGAAUGGGAAGACAGGAUUAAUCCCAGAGAACUACGUGGAGUUUCUCUAACUUCAGACACCCGAGAAGUACUGCUGAAUGUUACAUGGUAUCCAUGACAACUGCUGAUCAGGGUGCAAUAGAUCAUUUCUCUUGGCCUCGGAGGAGAAAUGCAGGGCGACGGACUCUUUUUCUUCUGUCAAAAUGAAUGUUUCUGUGAAUCCUCUCAUACCUGUGUGUCUAUCAUCAUCUCAGCCAAUGCACAAGCAGUGCUAUAAGUGGUCAUCUUCUCAUGAAUGCUCCAAACAGAGAAGACUCAUUCUCCUUCUGGAGAGAUCUGAGCACAGAACUCUGGGCUGUAGGAAUAGAUACGAAGUUGUCUCAGAAAUCGGGGAGGUGGGAGAAGGAGACUGAUUGCCCAGAAGAGGGGUCUCUCUCUGAAGGUGGGGUGGGCUUCUGCUUUUGUUUACAGUAAGCUCUUUCUUUGCUCACAAGCAAGCUGCUGUCUGAUCUUGGAGUGGGAAGGGGUUAAGGCAUUGUUUACAGAAUUUCAAACCACUCACUAUUUCUGUAGCAGCUGUUUGCCCAUCUUGGGUAGAAUUCUGUUCAGUCUUCUCCAGGGAGGGAGCACUCCCCUCACCCACCCCCCUCCAGCAAAGGCCUAUCUCUUCAGCUGAGGGCUGGGAUCACCUGGUAACCACAGCAACCUGGCCUGCUGCAAAACAAACAAAAAAGAAAACAAUUUCUAAAACACAAUCUCCUCCCCACCCCCCACCCCUUUCGCUUUUUUCCUUCAUCCUCUGGCUUUAGUAUUUUUUCCUAAUGGUUUUAAAGAACUACUUCACUGUAGAACAAGGAACUGGAAUGGUCUCUUUGGGGCAAGGCAUGCCAGCAGCUGGGAAUUGGCCCCUUUCUGGAUGAGCAUACGCAGUACCAGUGUAUAUUUGGAGCAAACCCUCAUAACAUUUUUGAGAUUAGAUUGCAGCAAAGCAAAACAUUCAUGCUGAAUUCAACUGGUAUUUCUGCUCUGGAGGACAAGAUGCUGCUCCUGAGAGAUGACAUUCCCUUUGUCUUUCUGCUUGUCCCAUAUCUUUCCCAUCACCCCUCCAGGACUUAAAUAGAACCUCAUCCCUUCCGUUCCCCUCCAACCCUUGCUUAUCAGAUUCACCUGACAGAUUCUUGAGCUGCCAUGUCUGGAGAAUGGGCACCAUUCCUCCUCAGUGGUUCUUAAGGAUGGCCUGUUCUUACCAUGUGGCCUACUAACGAUGCCACAGUUAUUCACUGCCAUUAGGCUAAAAAAUUAUAUUUUAGUCCACAUAAGUACUAGAUUGUUCCUCUAGCAAAUGAUGAUUCUAAACCUGCCCCUCCCCCAAAAAAUGUAGAGGGAAAGAAGUGGUUUCUUGCUAGUGAUAUUCUCUUUGCAAUCAAGGGUGAGCACUUGGAAGAUCUUUUGGGGUCAAGCUUGUCUUGUGAGAUUUACUUAGGGUAGGAAGGAAGAGGCCAGAAUGGGACCAUUUUCUGUUUCUGAUUGGAUUGUCAAAGGUUAAAAGCUUUAGAACUUCUUUUGAACAGUGUCUCAUUACCUAAGACUCUCAGAAAAGAAAAAAUGAUGAGCUGCUGACUACCCUUUGGGACAAACAUAUUUAUUUAUCCUAGGGAGAAUUGCCCUCUCCCCACCUGACCCUUGAGUCCUAUGACUCCUGUGGAAUUAAUUUCAGUGAAAGAAAUGAAACUUGAGUUGGUGAAUUACUGUAUCUUUUACUUUUUUAUUGAAGAAAUUAACUUGUAAAUAGAAAAAUUUGAAUACUCUAUGGUAAAGUUUUAUAUUUGAUAUUUUAAGCUGAGCUAUAGUAAGUGAGCUACUUGACCCAUGUAUAUAAAGCUUUUUCAGUAAAGAGAAAAGACGAUCAGGAGACUUCAGCCAGUAUAUAGUCCUGACAGAAUCUGAGUUAGCCCCAGCUGCUUUUGUUCUGCCCUUAUUUGUAGGUGGUGGAAAUGGAUUUUGUUCACUUUUAGUGAUCCAGAAAUAUUAGCUAAUUAUUUCCCAGACCUUGGUGUUGGAAAGGAAAGGAGGAGCUUAAGUAAAUAAAAACUCCCACUGAGUGAUUGAUCAGUUCCUAGAGCUGUGAAGGUAGAAGAGGUAGAAGUGAGUUUCCAUGGCCAGUGGGUAUGGGGCGUUUAGUUAGUAUUCUCGUGGGGGGGUGGGGGGUAGCACAUAAUGAGGAGAUCUGACAGCUUCUGGAAUCUAUAGCUUUCCUUCCCCCAUAACCUGAGAGACUCAGUAGCUAUGAAGUAACUGCAAAGGAUUAAAAUUGAGGCCUUCUUGGAGGUCUUUGUUUCUGUCCUUCCCCCUAUUUCCUAGUUGCCUUUUCCUUCUUGCUGUGAAAGUAAGAGGUGAGUGAUGGCAGGGAAUAUGCCCUUCCUUUUAUCCUCCUUGGCAUGUAAGGUUUUAUAGCCUUAGUAAUGGGUUUAAAGUUAUCAGGACUAGAAGCUUAAUUUUCUGCCCCAGUUUAUGUGAGUUCCUCCUUUUUUUGUCACUGCUCAAGGAUCAAGCAGAUAUUUUCUGGUAACCCAGUCAAGGACUACCAAGAACAUUGGUGUAAAAUAAGCAGGACCAGAAUUCUCCAUGGGCAGAAAGAAAGAGGGUAUUGACAUUUACUCAAGGAGCCAGGCUCCAUAUGGAUAAGACAGAGUGCAUUCUUUGAGAGGUGAGAGGGAAAGGGAAGGAUCUCCCAAAGAAGGGGAGGUUACUUCUCUAAGAUAAAGAAUUUUCAGUCAUAUCAAGUAUGCCCUCCCCCUCCAGUAGACAGGGGUAAACUAAGGUUUUCACUACACAUGGCAUGUUUAAAUAGUAGUAUGUGGGCUCUGCACUGACCAAGGGAAGCGAUGGAGCUUGACUAGGGAAAGUUUUCUCCCUUGGCCUCUGGUGGUCUCUUAACCAAAGCAUUUUCCCUUGGAAGCUUAUUCUUGAGUCCACAGCAGGGAAUCUUGUUCUGGAGCCAAAGGGAAUUAGAGCUACUGUCCUUGGGAUUUUUCAGGCUUACCCCCUUCCUUUGCGAGGCCAGUGGCAGGUGGUUCUUCUGUUUUCUGUUUUUCUAGGCAGCCUCUCUUCAUGUCUAAUAACCCCAGACUAGGUUAAAAAAAAAAUCACUUUAAAUAGGGGCAAGAAGAAUAAAGACAUUUUCCUUCUAUCCUUUGUCUUUAAUAUUCCCCUGAUUCUCUGGCUCCCAGCUUGACUAGAAAAUGUGAGUGGGAUGGGGUGUUGGACUGAAGUAGAGGAGCUGGUCAUCGCCGAGUGUUUGCCCGAGUUCACCCUGGAACCUGACCCUUCUUGUAGAGCCUCAUGGACCCUUUAUUUUCAUUAAAGUGAUGAAGACUUCCUAGAUGGCUAUGAGAAACUCAAGCUGGCAUAAUUCCCAGCAUCUAGGAGCUCAACAGUUCUCCCAGCUAUUUUUUUUUUCAGAUCUCCAACCAUUAUACAGCCCAACCUUAUGUUUACCACAUCUUCAAUGAAAAUGUUCUUCCAUACCUCUGACUUCACUGCAGUGUUGGUUGGUCCACUUUUGGCUUGGUGCUCCAAGGACACCAAGAACAAAUAAUGGCAGAUUUGUGGGCAGCCCUUGCCCAGGACUCUAUUUUUAACAGUUCUCAGAGAGGAACCCAAAUCCCUCUCUAAAGGAUAGAUUUUGGACUAAUGAAAAUACUGUCUAGAUGAGAAGAGCUUUGAGUGACCUAGAAGUUCAUUGUGGCUUUGAUCACCAGAUGCUACAAAUUGUCUGUUGGACGGUUGGGUAUGAGUUGCAUUGGGAAAGCCGUUCCUCCUCAAGCCAUACAAUUCAACAUAGGCUUAAAUAUGUCUUAAAAAAAAAAAAAAACCAGUCAAUUUAUAACUAGAAAAGCAGCUAGUAUUAAAAUUUUGUCUGCCUCCUAAUUUAAACUUUUUUUUCUCACUAUGAAUAUGGUUCAUUUUAGGGAGUUAACCAUUAUCUCUGGCUAACUUUCCUAUAAUCAAUUACUUUGACAGUUGUGCCUCCAACUUGCCAGCAAAGUCAGCAGCUGUUGGGCAAUUCACACCCUGUGCUGGUGUUUAAAAAAUUUUGCUGUACACCCAAAUGUGUUUGGCAGCCACACCAAUCCCCCAAUAAGGCCGAACUACUCCCUAUUUGUAGAAUAAAAAUGACACCAGUAGCAGUGAAAUCAACCUUACUCGUUAGACUAUGUGUGAUAAGACUCCAAAAAGUUAUAUUAGCUUCUUCCUUUUACACCCACAGUUUUGGCUUAAAGAGCUUCCAAACAUGGGGUGAAAGGGCACUAAAAAAAUCCAGAUGCUCUCCAGGGCCAGCCCAAAGACCAAGCAGUGGAAAAAGGCACCUUGCACCAUUUGUAGAGGGAUUUUUUAAGAGAUGAAGGAACUGUCAUCUCUGUGGGUCUGCACAUUGCAAUGCUUUUGCUAGAUGGGAAAUAUAGCGUGAUAACAUCUUUGGAAGUCGAGUCUGGGCCCAGAAUGCCAUUGAAUGCCAAGGAGAACACAGUUUUGAGCCCCUGUGUGUAUAAUAAUUUUGUGCCAUUCCCCUAGUCAAAAUUCUCCACAAUAUCCCCAAUUGAGAACAAGAGAAUUAGAAUAAAAAAAAAGAAAAAUCAGCAGGAUAUCACCACAUCUGGGCUACUUGGACCAGGCCCUGGAAGUGUUAAAUGAUGGUACCUAUUGUUUCCACCUUGCUAUACAAAGAAUAUAGGCAUCUUUUUCAGGCAUUUAUGUGCCCAUCCUCACAGGCUCAUUGUAUCCAGGGUUCAUUCUGUUCCUAUGAAAUGGAAAGAUCUGAAAAUUCAAUGUUUUUGCGUCUGUGUAGAUGUAUAUAUACAUAACAUAUCUACAUAUAUCGCUAUAUAGACAGACACCCAUAAGCAGAUCCACAGAAGCCUGCAGUCACUGAGCCAUUGUAGAUAUAAAGAUUCAGGAGUUAAGGAAUAGGUAAGAGAGGCAAAUAAUUGACUCUAAAAAAUGAUCAGAGAUGUAAAUUAAGUGCCAUUUUCAAACUUUGUUCAUAUUUAUAAGAUGUUUCCUAUCUGCAGCCAUGUUCUUUAUUAACUUAAUCAAAAGUGUGUUGAAGUGUCAUACUUGGAAAAAAAAUCAUACUGGAUUGUGGUAACUGGCUUUCAGCUGCCGUGUCCAUAAGCAUUCUCGAAGAUGUUGAUAUUUCUGGAAAGAGAAUAUGCAUGUUUAAUUUGUAAUUGGGGCUACCUUUGAGUGUGCUGUAAAGUGCUGUGUGAUGUAAUAAAUAUUAAUAAAGUACUUAAAAUGGCACCUUAAUGUUUAAAAAAUUAUACUAUAUAAAUAAUGCACUAUCUUAAACUUCAACUCAGUAUUUGGUAUUGACUGGUGCGUAGAAUUCAAUACAGCAAUUACCAAGUCAUUUGUGGUUAGAGUACAAUUCACCCCACACACAAACCCCAGUUGUUAGUAAAGCAGAUUUUUGUUUCAUUUUGUCAUGUGUGAGCUUUUUUUUUUUAAUGUGCUAUUGCUUUAUUCAACUGCAACUAUGGAGACCAAGCAAUUUCUGUCCGCGUGGCCUUUGAAACUUUCUUUUCUUACAUUUGGUCAAUUUGUGUGACAAUCUCUGGGAAAGGAGUGGAAGUUUGAUUUCAUAUUAAAUGACUUUUCCAUUUGGUGGCA